CUUAAGCWAAUACUCAAAAUGAUGCAUACACUUCAAGUGUUUUGAUAGCCUCUYAAGGCGAAUAUCCUGCCAUUUUUCUUCUUCUAAAGCUUUCAAUAAAUAGCCGCUUUCAUUGGCUUUUUACGAGGAAAGGAAAUCUACUCUAACAUAUUUCAAGGCGGCAAGCGAGACUGUAGAAAAUCUUAAAAGCAUUUUUAUUUCUUUAAACACAGAGUUCAUCUUGUACUCAGUGACUUUAUUGGAAAUAUCCGUGAGGAAUUCUUUGAAGAUGACAGCAAAUGACGCUAAAAGUAAAAUGGCCUCAGAUCUUCGURCAAGAAAUACAACAUCCGUUAUCUUCGAGGUGACAUUCAGUACUGUGGUUUUAAUUUGUUCUCUUAUUGGCAAUUUUCUGGUUCUGUUUUCUACUUAUCGAAAUUCAGCUCUUCGUAAGGGUGUUUACAUCUAUAUUUUUUUCUUGUCUUUGAAUGAUAUGACAAUGGUGAUGUUAGCUGUAUUGAUGUCUUUGAAAAGUUUCAUUAUUGGUUACAAUUCUUUUGGAACUAUUCUUUGCUAUUUUCAAGGAGUUUUCAUCAUGUCCUCUUUUUUGGURUCUUUAUUUUUGAUGUCAUUUAUAGCAAUUAGCAGAUACUUCAAGAUGUUCAAGACUCAAGUUUAUAACAGAGUUUUUAGCGCUAAAUUCGUUGUUGUCUCAAGUAUUUGUACGUUUCUUUUCUGGGGUGUUUUUUGGUCGAUUGCUGUAGCUGUGUCUGAUCAUCUUGUCGAGUUUCAUCCCGGGUUUGCUAUGUGCAUGGUUAACUUAGAURAAGAUGUUCUAUUUACAGCCAUCGUGUUACUAUCAGUUGCUUCAAAAUACUUUGUGAUUUUCUUCUGUUAUUUUAAAAUCUGGCGUUUUGUUAAGAGCCACACCGAAKYGAUGUCAAAUUCGCAAGUCAACGCMGAGGAAGUUAAAACCGUUCGUAUCUUGUUUGCGAUUGUUCUUGCGUUCACGUUAUGCGUAAGCCCCAUGUUAGUAUGUGGGUUUGUAGACGCUGUAUUUGGUAUGUAUAAACUGCCUCGUCAACUUUACUUAAUGGUUGCUUUCAUGGUCGGACUGAGCAGCAUUGUAAACCCAGUUAUCAUCGGUUGUAUGAACCAAACGUACCAACAAGAAUUCAAAAAAAUACUUCAUUUAAUGAAUAUUUGUAAAAAUCGCCGCAGAACAGUCGUUAUAUCAUUACAAGAGAAAAGGCACAAAUAGAAUCCAMUUAUUGUAUUCAAAACUUUAUGAGGGAAUAUACAUUUACAUUACAAGUAUUCUCCAUGUUCCGUGUGGCCAAGAAGAGAUAAGACAAGAGUCAGCUGUCUUUUCCAUCGUGUGGUUUUAGAAUAUUAUCAAGCGUUCAGGAUUGGAUAAGCAGGGAUGAAAAUGAUGCAACCUCGUUCCCAGGCCCUAAGGGAAGGGAUAAAGGGCCUGUGAACGAGGUUUAAAAUGAAGUGCAAUUCAACAAAAAUAUUUAUCGGAAGUUGGGGUGGGCUUUGACAAUUUCUAUUGCACAGGAAGCCCAUGCAUGUUUUUUUAAA